AAUAAAAACGUAUAAGAUCUACUAAACUUGUGUUAACCUCAGACCUUAUUUUCGGCGUUUAUCCCAAAACCCUAUUUUUUCCCCGUAGGAAUGGCUUAACGAUCCAAAGGCAACUCAUUUCCGGUUUUUAUAGGACUACAAACUGGCGAUCGUUACCUUCUUUCGGAUUAAUAUAUUUUUUUUUUCAUCUGAGGAUUAGGAUAUAGACUAGUAUAUUUCAAACCAAAUGGCAGUUCGUAAAAAUUGUAGAAUUUUCUGUGUAUUACAAAAUAGGCCUAUUGUUUUUACAAAUAAAUAAAUAUGAAUAGCGGAACUGUCUUUCAAUACGACUUCAAAUACAUUAGGCAAGUGGAAGUAGUAGUGCGUCUGUGUCGAAUCUAUUGGAAGACUACAAUCCCAGGAUUCCAUUGAACGAGCAUCACUGUGACAACCCGUAAUGUAUAAUAACUCCUCCUCCGACAACCUCCCCCAUAAUGCUUUGACAUCUUGGAUCAGCUGUUGGUCAGGUGAACACAGAACGGCGCUAUGAAUGAAGAGCAGUGAAGAAGGGGCUACAAUAGAGGGACAGCGAAAGGAUCCGUGUCAUGAUGGUGCUCGUAUUGAUUGUCGCAGGUCUUGGGGUGGUCGCACUGCUCAUGGUUUUAUUCGCACCCCACAUUAGGAAAUACUCAGCAGGUGGAGCAUGUAUGUCUAUGACUCGGCUGGACGGGAAGACGGUCCUGAUUACUGGAGCCAACACUGGUAUUGGGAAGGAGACUGCUCUGGACCUGGCUAUCAGAGGUGCGAGGGUGAUCAUGGCGUGCAGGGAUGUGGAGAAGGGUGAGGCGGCCGCAGCAUCUAUACGACGCAUCUACUCUAAGGCAAACGUAGAGGUCCGAGAGCUAGACCUGGCAGAUACCAGCUCCAUACGGGCCUUUGCUCAACGCUUCCUCCGAGAGGUCAACCACCUCCACAUCCUGAUCAACAAUGCUGGGGUCAUGAUGUGUCCCUACAUGAAGACCAAGGACGGUUUCGAGAUGCAGCUGGGGGUCAACCACCUGGGUCACUUCCUGUUGACGUACCUCCUGAUUGGCCUGCUAAAGCGGAGCGCUCCGGCCCGCAUCGUCGUGGUUUCUUCCCUGGCUCAUAACUUUGGCUGGAUCCGCUUCCAUGACCUCCUCAGCCAGGGCAGCUACAACAGCGGCCUCGCAUACUGCCAGAGCAAGCUGGCCAACGUCUUGUUUGCUAGGGAGCUGGCCCGCAGACUCAAAGGUUCCAGUGUGACGGUGAACUCUGUCCACCCGGGGUCGGUGUGUUCAGACCUGGUACGCCACUCCACCAUCAUGUCUCUGCUGUUCUCUCUGUUCUCCUUGUUCCUGAAGAGCCCCCGGGACGGGGCCCAGACAUCCAUCUACUGCGCUGUGGCAGAGGAGCUGCACUCUCUCACCGGGAAACACUUCAGGUGAGAUUACAGUAUGACCUUCUGACCCCUUGACCCUCGGUGUUUGAGAUGGAACUGGGAUUCCAAUGGCUCAGUGGGUUAUAGUGCUGAAAGCAACUGCUCUCUAUCCCUCUUAAUAGUGAGUUCUUCUGUCUCUCUCAGUUUCUGUGCUCCCCGCAUAGACCAGACAAGUAGAGUAGAGCAAUGGGUUAUGGUCAUUGUAGUUAGCUACGCCCAGAAAAUGUAGUUAAUUAUGUAGAAUAAUGGCCUGUUGGAAACUACAUUGCGCAUUUCAGGCGUGAUCUGAUUCAUCUCUAGAGAAUACCCCACAAUGCAUUGAGCUCACAGAAAAAACCCUAACGAAAUGGAAUCCAAAUACUUGAAACGAUGGCGUUGGCCAAAUAGUUGUUUAAAAAAAACGAAAAAUAACACAUUUCGGAUAAUCGCUCAGCACUAGGUGUUGUGGGUUAGAACAAGGUGCUGAGGGUGGUGGGUUAGAACAAGGUGCUGAGGGUUGUGGGUUAGAACAAGGUGCUGAGGAUUGGGGGUUAGAACAAGGUGCUGAGGGUUGGGGGUUAGAACAAGUUGCUGAGGGUUGUGGGUUAGAACAAGGUGCUGAGGGUUGUGGGUUAGAACAAGGUGCUGAGGGUUGUGGGUUAGAACAAGGUGCUGAGGAUUGUGGGUUAGAACAAGGUGCUGAGGGUGGUGGGUUAGAACAAGGUGCUGAGGAUUGUGGGUUAGAACAAGGUGCUGAGGGUUGGGGGUUAGAACAAGGUGCUGAGGGUUGUGGGUUAGAACAAGGUGCUGAGGGUUGUGGGUUAGAACAAGGUGCUGAGGGUUGUGGGUUAGAACAAGGUGCUGAGGGUUGUGGGUUAGAACAAGGUGCUGAGGGUUGUGGGUUAGAACACGGUGCUGAGGGUUGGGGGUUAGAACAAAGUGCUGAGGGUUGGGGGUUAGAACAAGGUGCUGAGGGUUGUGGGUUAGAACAAGGUGCUGAGGGUUGUGGGUUAGAACAAGGUGCUGAGGGUUGUGGGUUAGAACAAGGUGCUGAGGGUUGUGGGUUAGAACAAGGUGCUGAGGGUUGUGGGUUAGAACAAGGUGCUGAGGGUUGUGGGUUAGAACAAGGUGCUGAGGGUUGUGGGUUAGAACAAGGUGCUGAGGGUUGUGGGUUAGAACAAGGUGCUGAGGAUUGUGGGUUAGAACAAGGUGCUGAGGGUUGUGGGUUAGAACAAGGUGCUGAGGGUUGUGGGUUAGAACAAGGUGCUGAGGGUUGUGGGUUAGAACAAGGUGCUGAGGGUUGUGGGUUAGAACAAGGUGCUGAGGAUUGUGGGUUAGAACAAGGUGCUGAGGGUUGUGGGUUAGAACAAGGUGCUGAGGAUUGUGGGUUAGAACAAGGUGCUGAGGGUUGUGGGUUAGAACAAGGUGCUGAGGAUUGUGGGUUAGAACAAGGUGCUGAGGGUGGUGGGUUAGAACAAGGUGCUGAGGAUUGUGGGUUAGAACAAGGUGCUGAGGGUUGUGGGUUAGAACAAGGUGCUGAGGGUUGUGGGUUAGAACAAGGUGCUGAGGGUUGUGGGUUAGAACAAGGUGCUGAGGAUUGUGGGUUAGAACAAGGUGCUGAGGAUUGUGGGUUAGAACAAGGUGCUGAGGAUUGUGGGUUAGAACAAGGUGCUGAGGAUUGUGGGUUAGAACAAGGUGCUGAGGAUUGUGGGUUAGAACAAGGUGCUGAGGAUUGUGGGUUAGAACAAGGUGCUGAGGAUUGUGGGUUAGAACAAGGUGCUGAGGAUUGUGGGUUAGAACAAGGUGCUGAGGAUUGUGGGUUAGAACAAGGUGCUGAGGAUUGUGGGUUAGAACAAGGUGCUGAGGAUUGUGGGUUAGAACACGCGACCACUUAAUACAUACUCUUGUCAGUUUUGACAAUUCUGUAAACACCAUGGAGUAAACACCUGCUUGAUGACCAUAUUAUUUAUUAGAAACAUUCUACUUUCAUUUGAUGACAGAAUAAAUCAAAAGGGAAGCACUGAUCAUGCAGAUAACUAAAGUCCUCUUCCUCCCGCUCACACUCUCUCUCAGUGACUGUGCCCCGGCCUUCGUGGCACCCCAGGGGAGGAAGGAGGAGACAGCCAAGAAGCUGUGGGACGCCAGCAGUGAGCUCCUGGGCAUCGUCUGGGACGACUGAUCUGAACCACCCUGUUAACACUAUCCACAGCUUGCAUCGCCAAGUGCACACUAUUCCCUUUAUAGUUCACUACUUCUGACCAGGACCCACAACCUUGUUCCCUGUCUCAAUUGCUUCCGCAUAGGAAAGAGCCGGCUAGUAGACGAAAUUAGGGCCCACGGGACUCUGGUCAAAAGUAGUGAACUAUAGAUUAGCGCUCACACUAUAUAUAAGGUGCCAUAGGUGACGCAACUAGGCUCUCUGUUCUCAAAUCAUUAUCAUUUCAUGACAUUAAUUAACCUCAAAACUACAGUUAUCCCAGCGGGACUUGAGGAAUUGGGUAGGAACCAUAGAGGUUGAAAGAUGCUGUAAUGGCACAGAGAUGAGUCCUCUUUGGUAGUAACUGUAAAAUGAGUCCUCUAUCUAUCUCUAUGGUCGUAACUGUAAGGUCAAAUGCAUUACUGUACUGUGAAGGGUCUAGUCAGGGCAUAACCAGGUCUAGCCAGGACAUAACCAGGUCUAGCCAGGACAUAACCAGGUCUAGCCAGGACAUAACCAGGUCUAGCCAGGACAUAACCAGGUCUAGCCAGGACAUAACCAGGUCUAGUCAGGGCAUAACAAGGUCUAGUCAGGGCAUAACAAGGUCUAGUCAGGGUAUAUUACAAACCGUUUGUUUUGUAUCUUAUUAUAUUACAAACCAUGUAGAUUCAGCUUUAUGUUUGGUUGCUUUUAAGCUUGCCUUUUCUAAACCAUGUAGAUUCAGCUUUAUUGUUUGGUUGCUUUUAAGCUUGCCUUUUCUAAACCAUGUAGAUUCAGCUUUAUUGUUUGGUUGCUUUUAAGCUUGCCUUUUCUAAACCAUUGCAAGCUGUUAAUUACCCUGCUGUUUGUUUGUUCCAUAUCUUUCCUCCUCAGCAUUCACCACAUGUUAAACUGCCAAGAUUUUGUCUUUUUUUAUACAAAUGAGAAAAACAUGCCUUUUUCUACAUCUUAGGGUUGGAAGAUUCCUGAAAUUAUGAAGGAACAGAAAGGAAAUCUGGGAAUCCUCCAACCAGGAAUUCUGGAAUUUGGGGACAUUUUUCAGAAAUGUGCAACCCAACUACAAAAGCAGUCAUGUCAGGAGUUGAAUGUUUACAUCUACUGUAAAUAAAGAUUAAAUGUUACUA